AUGUCUAUGAUGUGUGAGGACGAGGAAUGGGGAAACGAGAGCGAGGCGAUGCCAGGAGAACCUCGCACGCCGAGCUCGGGUGGAGAGCGAGUUGCUUCGAGUGGUGGAGCCUCGCCUACUUCCGAGGGAUCGACUACCGCAUCUCCGCCUCGUCUUAGACUUAACGCUAGUUUAGCAACUGAUCCGGCUCUUGCACCUCAAGCUACAUCACUCAAACAUGAGCCACCCUCACCAUCGCCACCAGCUGCUCCAACGCAACAAGCGAGAGAUUACGGCUUAACUCUUACUGCAGCUAAUUUUCCGGCCCUUUUUCCUACUGCUCCACCCGGAUAUAUGUGUAAGCCAUGUGGAAUACGAUAUUCUUCACUGAGCACGCUACAAGCACAUCAAGAACACUAUUGUUCAAAACGUAGGACGAAACCUGACGGAACAGAAACACCAGUAGAUACUGCAGGCGAUGAGUCGAGCGGUGACUCAAAAACGCCACGGCCCCUUGGCAAGCAAUAUGCUUGCACUUAUUGUUCGUACAGCGCUGAUAAGAAAGUUAGUUUGAAUCGUCAUAUGCGAAUGCACUCCUCUUCACCAGUUAGCAGCGGAACUCCGGUACCGCCUCCCACAUCAAACGGCGAAUCUGUUGAGGGUCCACCAGCUCAAGAUCGGUAUUGUGUAGAUUGUGAUAUUCAUUUUAGCUCAGUAAAAACAUACCGAGCUCAUAAAGAUCAUUAUUGUAAUACGAGGCAAGUAGUGAAACAAGCAUUAGCAGCGGCGAGAGCCGGAUCCGCUACGUCGGGUUCUGCUCCACCUUCUCCUGGGGCAACCCCACCUGCUCAAAACCAAUAUGCAUUAGCUUUACCGACGAAUCCGAUUCUUAUUGUUCCAUAUUCAAUUUUAAGAAGUGCCAGUACACUUCCAGGUACUACAUUACCAGAUCCAAACACUCCCUGUUUUUUGUUACCAAAUGGAACAUUUCAACCUAUAAGUCGAGCGUUGCCAAAUAUUAAUACUGAAAUGAAAGAAACUGAGGUUCUGAAAUCGGCUAAUAGACCACGGGAGCCAUCUCGAGAUGGAGCCACACCUUUAGAUCUGAGUGUCCGCCGCACUCCGGAAUCUGUCACUACAGAUGAACAUGAGAAAGAAAACAGAAUUCGUUCUACUACUCCGGAACAAAUAGUAUGCGCUCCUUCUUUACCAGGUUCUCCUGGUACUCCUUCACCUUCGAGAAGAUCUUCCUCACCAAGUGCAGAAAGUUCACCGAAGCGACGUCGACGUAAUUCAAGAGGGCCCACUCCUAAACCACCUAGUGUACCCUCACCCCCUGAAGAAAAGUUCACACCAGUCAUUCCACCACCAAUAUUACCUCCAGCUUUGGCAUUACGACUAGCGACGGAAUUACCUGUUUCAACAGCGUCACCGCAAGUACUGGUUAAACAAGGAGUAUCAAAGUGUAAAGAAUGUAAUAUCGUAUUUUGCAAAUUUGAAAACUAUCGUAUACAUAAACGUCACUACUGCUCCGCUGGUGGAGGAGAAGAAAGAGCUAGUCCAGUGCCUCCGGAAUCUGGUCCUCCACCACAGUACCGUCAACUAAUAUGCUUGGCGUGCGGAAUACACUUUAGCUCCUUAGACAAUUUGACGACUCACCAGUCAUAUUACUGUACGAAAAGGGAAACGCGAUCGCCGCGGAGUAUUCCUGAGGUACCCCGACCUGCCUCAGGGUCGGACGGUGGGUGGAAGUGUCCCUGUUGCGAGGUAGUGUCCCCGACGGCGGCGGCGGCGCAGCGUCACAUUGAGUCUCACGCUGGGGUCAAGGCGUUCCGCUGCACGAUUUGCCGAUACAGAGGAAACACUCUUCGUGGUAUGCGUACUCAUAUACGUAUGCACUUCCGAGAGAAACCGGCCGACCUUCAGGAGGAGAGCUACAUCUCAUGCGUGCUGGAAGAAGAUAAUCGGGAGACGACCUCGCCUAGUCCAGCCGUGGGCGAGCGAGUGCACCGAUGUGCGUCCUGCGCCUACACUUCCACAUACCGCGGCAACGUCGUGAGACACGCGCGACUCGUCCACGCCACUGAAGACCCUGAACCAGAGGAGCAAACCUCUCCCAUUCCUCCCGCUGAUAUUAAAAAGGAACCAGAAAUCGAAGAAGACACUCCAAACUUCUGCAAAUCGUGCAACAUAUCCUUCAAGUACGUAAACACGUACAAAGCGCACAAGCAGUUCUACUGCACCGCUGCCAAUCAAGACGCCGCCGCUAACAAUAAUAUCCCGGCGAGGGUCAACGACGCGCCAGUUGUAUGAAAUGGAUAAAAUAAAUAUUUAGCGGUCCUAAUUGAAUAUUGGAUUCUCA